AGUGCAAGCAUAGUGUGGAUUAACGAGUGCGAUCGAUCGCCGAUUUUGCGUGCGGGGUUCGAGUGUCUUACCCCUUUGCGGGAGAGCUUGAGGAAUCGUGUGAUUUGCGAAGAAAAAUGACCUCCUGAAAAGCGAAUCUAGCCGGGAUUGCAUUAGUAAAACAAACAACUAUCGGUGGAUUUUCAGCGCAAUGAUUACAACAGAGUGAACUAUGUCCAAAGUCGGUCGCCCUCGUCACCGCAUCCCACCAGCAUCAUCUCCAGCAACAGCAGCAGCGUGUCGCAGCCACCACCAUCGGAAGUGAAACCAACAACAAACAACAGUUAGAAGAGGGUCGCUCUGUACGUCUGUAGUGUCAGAUGGGUAAAUGGUGAGCUGUUGAAUGCCUACACUUCGCAGUUGAGGCGUCUCAAGUGAAGAAUAUUGAUGUUCGCGCUGGGGAAGUUGGAUAAGAAUACAAUAACAGGAAGGUCCUGGAGAUCGACGAAGUCCUGAAGUCAGUUCGUUAGUGGUGUUGUUCAUAGGAAGAAUUGUAGAAACUGUCCUGGAGAUAUUCUGUUUUUUCUUACUCUCGGUUCAGUGUGAAGUGCAUAUCUGUGGUGUAUGAAUACCUCGGGAUCUCCGCGAAUGAUCGUUGUGCAGUGUUGUUGUGCGGAGGAGUUGGAUAGAUUCCAGCCGAAGAAGGUGGGGGCGAAGUGAAGAAUAUCAUCUGCUGCUAGAGGGGCGCAGAGUGAGUGGUGGAGGUGUUGAAGAACCCCGCGCGUGCGUCGAUCUCGACCCGGAAACGGCAUCAAUCCUAAGAGUUUCUAUUACCGGAUAAGGGCAAGGGAAGGUAUUUAAGGUGUUAUAUCAAAAUGUACGCUAAAGGAAAAGGGACUGCGGUGCCGUCGGAUGCACAAGCUAGGGAAAAAAUUGCACUUUAUGUAUAUGAAUAUUUAUUACACGUAGGAGCAUCGAAAGCAGCACAAACAUUCUUAUCGGAGAUUCGGUGGGAGAAGAAUAUCACACUAGGCGAACCACCGGGCUUCCUGCACUCGUGGUGGUGCGUGUUUUGGGAUCUCUACUGCGCGGCACCGGAACGACGGGACACCUGCGAGCAUUCAUCCGAGGCCAAAGCGUUCCAUGAUUAUGGUUUCGUGAGUUCGGGCUACGGAGUGAAUGGAAUAGCACACAAUGCCGGUCCAGCGCCGAGUCCGUUGGGACAGUUACCACCAAAUGAGGGCAUGCCGGGCGGCCCGAUGGCACCAGCCGGUUUCUUCCCGAAUUCCUCAAUUAGGCCAUCACAACCUUCACAUCCUAGUAGUGGGCAGUCCCCACAUCCACAACCACCAAACUCGCAUGGACAGAUGAUGAGUGGCCAGCCAUUCAUGGGAGGUCCUCGGUACCCGCCUGGUCCCCGGCCCGGAGUCCGAAUGCCGCAAGGAAUUGGAAACGAUUUCAAUGGUCCCCCCGGACAACCCAUGAUGCCAAAUAGUAUGGAUCCCACGCGGCAAGGUGAAGCUGGAGACUUUGUAGCAUGGCAAGGCCCCCCUGGAAUGGGUCCGAUGAAUCCUAGAAUGAAUCCACCUCGCGGGCCCGGUAUGGGUCCUAUGGGCGCCGGCACGUACGGACCGGGAAUGCGCGGCCCCCCUCCGAACAGCAGCCUCGGCCCCGGCGGUAUGCCCCCGAUGGGGAUGGCCGGCGGGCGGCCCCAGUGGCAACCUAAUACGUCAUCGCCAAUGAACUAUUCAUCCUCGUCACCUGGAAACUACGGUGGUCCACCAGGGCCCAGUGGACCGCCCGGUCCCGGAACGCCCAUCAUGCCAUCACCUCAAGAUUCAUCCAACUCCGGCGGCGAGAACAUGUACACACCAAUGAAGCCCGAAUUCCCCAUGGUCGGCGGCUCGGACGGUGGUGGCCCCAUGGGCGGUCCCAUGGGCCCGAACUCGAUGGGCGGCCCGGUACUUAACAACGACGGCCUGGACGGCAUGAAGAACAGCCCGGCGAACGGACCCGGCACGCCCCGGGAAGACUCCGGCAGCGGUAUGGGCGACUACAACCUCGGUGGCUUCGGUGGACCCGGAGAGAAUGACCAAACCGAGUCGGCCGCUAUACUCAAGAUCAAGGAAAGCAUGCAGGAAGAGGCGAAACGCUUUGAAAAAGAUUCCGACCAGCCCGAGUACUACAUGCAAUAACAUCCUCCUCCUACUGCUUUUACAACAACAACUACUACUAGUACUACGACAUCAUUUACUACUACAUCAUCUACUACCACUACCUUCUCUUCUGUUGAUGAUCAGCCUACUACGCCCAAUGGUGCCGAUAUCAUGUCAACAUUUCCUGCAACUGUCACUACUUCCACCUAAGGCAACUGAGUUUUCUUUUCUCCGUCUGCUAAAAUUCUUUUUAUUUAAUUCUAAAAGAACACGACAAAUCACAACCUUCUGUGCUACACGGGCCACACUUCAGCUCAAUUGCUGCAAAAUUGGAGAAUCAUGUUGACAUAUUCUCGC